AUGGCCCAAGAAGAUGUUAAAGAACUAGAAACCUUAGAAACAAGAUUGAAAAGUCUCUUCGAAAGCUACCAAAGCGCAACAAAAGAAAUCAAGGAGAAAUUAAUAGCGACCAAGGCCGCGCAGGAGGAGAUUGAUGGGGAUCUGGACACCUUUCUCCAAGUUCAAGAUGAAGUGUCUGGAGCAAGAUCAAUCAUCAAGCAGAAGAAGCAAGAAUGGUUGGACGACGUGAAAGAAAAGCAAGAGGCAAAGAAAGAAGAGGACAGAGACAAACGAUUGUUAGCGCUCUUCCAACAACAGGCAACAAGCCAAGCAGCAAAUCAAGCGGCAAAUCAAGCAGCAAAUCAAGCAGCAAAUCCAGCAACAAGUCAAGCACAGAUGGCGCAAAUUAUUGCCCAAAUCAUGGCGGCCAUUCCGGCACCUCCCGCGCCAGUAAUCAACGUGACGGCAGCACCAGCCCCAGCUUCAGCCGUACAGUCGAUACGAUUGCCGCAGCGACAAAUUAAGCACUUCAAAGGAGACGUACUGGAAUGGACCCAAUUCUGGGAAUCCUUUAACGCAGCUGUCCACUCUUCAUCUCUUUCAAACGUCCAAAAAUUCGAUUACCUCAAGGAAUAUCUUAAAGGUGAGGCGUACCUGUUGGUUAACAAUCUUGAAUUAACAGAUGCGAAUUACCAAGUCGCAAUCGACGAACUGAAAAGGAUGUACGGGAAGACGGACGUUCUAAUCGACGCGCACAUUGAGAAACUGGAUGCCUUGCAGCCCGUAAAGGACGGGAACGACGUUCCAGCUCUGAGGAGCUUCCAGCUGAAUCUCCAAUCGCACAUUAGCGCGUUGGAAACGUUAGGAGUCCCCACAAGUUCCUUUGGCGGACUCCUCGGAGCAAGAUUAAUCAAAUUAAUUCCUACCAGGCUCCAACAAGAAUGGGCAAAAUCGCCAACAAACAAAUCAACGGACAUCGAGAUGGUCAUCAAAUUCAUUGGAGAUCAAAUCGACGCGGCCGAAAGGUUCAACCGAAUCAAAGGUGUGGAAAAGGAGAAAUCGUCUCCAGCUCCUAAACAGCCCAAACCGGCAAAUCCACAGCCGGCAACAGCAUCACAAUUGGCAGUAGGAGCCAAAGCAAGUCCAGCUCCUCAGGUUAAAUCCGCCUUAAAAAAUAAAAACGUUAAAUUUAACCCAAGUUGGAUUGUGUGCGAAAGGCCCUGCAUCUUCUGCAGCCAAAUUCACUGGCCGACAAAAUGUCCGAAAGGGCUGACGGAAAGGAAAAAGAUAAUCUUUGAUUUGAAAAGGUGCGUCAACUGUUUUGGAGACAAACACGCGCUGAAGGAUUGCACAUCCGCCCGGAACUGCAACAAGUGCGGAGGGAGGCACCACACCGCUCUCUGCGACAAAGGAGACGUCAGAGUCACCAAUCCCACAACAGCAGCAAUAAUCGUGGCCAGCGAUCCAACUUUGACAACCACAGCCUGUGCAAGCAGCUUUGGACAAUUGAUGCUGAAAACGGCAACAGUCAUCAUCAGCGGCCAAAACGGUAACGAAACAAGAGCGAUUUUAUUUGCAGACGACGGAAGUCAUCGUUCUUGGGUGCUGAAAUCACUCUCAUCGCAACUUAACAUGAAGACAGUAGCGGUGGAAAACAUCAGCACAAGAGUGUUUAAGAAAAAGGAACCCAACAAGCCCGAAAUGACAAAAAACGUCGAAAUGCAAGUAAGGGGCACCUGGCAAGGCGCCCCAAAAGUUACACUAAUGGCUUUAGAAUCGGAUCACAUUUCAGAUACCGGCCCGUACGUAGGAUCCGAAUUUGCAAACAGCCUCUGGAUCCAAAACGAAAAAUUGGCCGACGACAGAUUCGAGAUGGCACACACCGAAGAUCAGCCAAUUGGAAUUUUAGUCGGAAUGGACCAGAUGUUCCAGAUCAUGUCGAAUGAAGCCGCCAUACAGAGUCCAUGCGGAUUGCGCGCGUUUCAAACGAAACUCGGAAGAAUGAUUGCUGGACCAUCUCAAGAAGCAAAAUCGAAGACAGGAACUCAAGAGACUGGAACGGCCAGUCCCCAAACUACGCCAAUAGGAGCGUCAUUCUCAGAUGCCCCAAUCGGAUCCAGCGGAGAAGAAGAUAGAGACUUGGUGAAUUACCACGCAGAAAUCCAAAAGCUCAUCGACAGCAAAUUCGUCGAGGAGGCGAACAUGGACUACGAAGAACUUCACACCUAUCUCCCACAUCAUCCGAUCUUCAGAGGCGACAAAUCAACGACGAAAAUCAGACCCGUCUUUGAUGGAGCAGCAAAAACGAAAUUCGGCCCAAGUCUGAACGACGUGUUGGAGACCGGACCAAAUCUCAAUCCGGAUCUCCUAUCAGUGCUAAUACGCUUCAGAAAGUACGAGAUUGCCUGGAUUGCCGACAUUGAAAAGGCUUUUCUAAACAUCGCCCUGCAGCCGGAAGAUGCCGAAGCAAUCAGGUUUUUAUGGCCCAGGGAUCCAGCAGUGGCUGGAUCGCCUCUAAUUGCCUACAAGUGGAAGAGAGUGCCCUUUGGCCUUAGUUCUAGCCCCUUUCUCCUACGUGUUACAAUUAACAAACAUUUCAAAUCACUAAAGUCUCGUUUUCCAGAAACUAUUCAACAGCUGGAAGAAAGUUUGUACGUUGACGAUUACCUCGGCGGAGCAAACAAUUUAUCAAUCGCCAAGAAAAGAGUCGAUGAGACGGACGAGAUCUUUAGUGACGCCCAACUCAACAUGAGAAGCUGGGCAACCAACAACGAAGACCUCAAACAACACCUGAAGGAGAAAGGACUGUCGAAUCAAGUCGUAGGCCUACUCUCCCCAGCCUUGGACGGCCAACAGAAGGUGUUAGGAAUCCGGUGGGACACCGGAUCCGAUUCGUUCAAAUUCGACCCAGCAUCCAUCAUCCAAGCAGUGGAAGAAGUGGGAACGGAAAUCACCAAAAGAAAGAUACUCAGUAUCUCGGCAAGAAUUUUUGAUCCAAUUGGAUUUUUAUCUCCCACUGUACUUUUAUUAAAGAUUAUUUACCAGAAGCUCUGGGAAAAGGAGAUAGGUUGGGACCAAGCAGCUCCAGCCGAUAUCCAAAAAUCUUGGAAGAUAGUGAUGACUGGUCUCGCCGAUUUCACCGAACUACAAAUUCCACGAUGGAUCGGACUAUCCGAAAAAGUCACUUCUCACGAAAUUCACGUCUUCGGAGACGCUUCUGAAGCAGCGUAUGGAGCCGUAGCCUACGCCCGACUCCAAAAAGGACAAGAAGAUCCACUCAUCAUCCUACUGGCCAGCAAGACGAGAGUUGCACCUCUACCUAAGAAAAAAGUAACUUUACCGCGUUUAGAAUUGCUGAGCUCACUUUUAGCCGUACGUUUAGGUGAAGUCGUAAAAAAUGCAAUGCAAGUCCAGUAUUGGAGAACUAUCUACUGGUCAGACUCCUUGGUUGCACUAGGAUGGAUUAGAGGAGAGCCGAACAAAUGGAAACCAUUCGUCCGAAACCAAGUGGAGACGAUACGAAAAUUUUCACAACCCGAGUGGUGGAGACACUGUCCAGGUCUCCAAAAUCCGGCCGAUCUUGCCUCGCGGGGAGCGCCAGCGCCAACGCUGGUAACCUCAACUCUUUGGUGGAACGGCCCGAUUUGGCUCAAAGGAGAAGAAACGGAAUGGCCAGAUUCUCCCAACGACCAAAUUCCACAAACAAUCCAGUCCGAAAUGGAAUCGGAAGCUAGGAGUACGACGGUCAGCACAACAGCAGCCAUCGCAAUUCCAACAGCCUCCGUCGACUGGAAUCUCGACAAAAUUUCCACCUGGAAUCGACUGUUAAGACGUACAGCCUGGGUCUCACGAUUCCUCAGCAGGAGUCAAAAGAAGCUCAGACCUCCCGGUCCAGAACGAAUGGAGUCGAUAAAGGCAAUUGGACCAGAUGGAAAAGGAAGUGGAAAAGUUAUCCGGAUUACAAGAUUAUCCAGAGAGGAGCUGGAUGAAGCGGAACUAACGAUCUACAGACAGCUCCAACGAGAGCGGUAUCCUAAGGCGUUUGAAUCGCUACAGUUAGACAACACAAUCCAGCCCAAGGAGAAAAUCGCUGCACUUUUUCCAAUCUGGGACGCCAGAGACCGUCUCGUUCGAAUCCAUGGGAGAGUAUCACUUGCCCUAAGAGAUAGAAACAUCGAUCCCCCAAUUUUGCUUCCUGCAUCACAUAUAGUAAUCACUUUCUUAAUUACAGACAAACACGAGUCACUACUACAUGCAGGAGCAAAAGUAACACUAUCCGAGUUAAAAGAAAAAUUCUGGAUAGUUAAAGGACGACAGCAAGAACUAGCAGCCCCUCUUCCUUUAAACCGACUCAAACAUGCGCAAUCUUUUCACGUUACAGGAGUCGAUUUCGCUGGACCACUGCUGUACAAACCAGCACAGCGAAGGAAGAAAAGGAAAGCUCCACCAAGCGUCCAGGAUCCGACGCCAGCAGACGAUCCAACUGAAGAGCGAAUCGAGGAGCCACCCGCUGAAGGAGACGCUCCAAUCGAAGCUCUAAUCGUAGUCACUCGAGCGGUUCACUUGGAACUACUACCCGAUAUGACGGCGCGUUCCUUCUUACUAGCCUUUCGAAAAUUCGCAGCUAGACGAGGACCCGUCUCAGUGAUGUAUUCGGACAACGCGCAAACGUUCCGAUGUGUCGACCGAUUCCUGAGAACUAUUCACGCCGAUCCCAUCAUUCAAGACUUUCUCGCGUCCAGAAAAACCCUUUGGAUAUUUUCCGCCAGCCUAGCGCCAUGGUGGGGAGGAUUCUGGGAACGGAUGGUGAGGAGCGUCAAGGAUCUGCUGCGACGCUCCAACGGUCGAGCCUGCCUUGACUACAUGGAACUGGAAGCGAGUUUAGCAGAAAUCGAGAGCGUAAUCAACGCCCGCCCACUCAGCUAUAUUGGGGAAGGAGCUGACGAUCCACUUCCGAUAACUCCUAACCAAUUUCUAAACAACAGACGUUCUACUCGUGCCGAUCCGGAGCCAGCCGUUAACUUGCUGGAUCCUACAUCGACCAGCAUCGUACUACAAGAGAUGGACAAGAACAGGAGGGAAUAUGUCGCUGACAUCUGUGCUAGAUUCGUCGACGAUUAUCUACUCCAACUAGACAACUUCCACUCCAAAGGAAAAUCCGGAAGGAAGAUCCGCCUAGGAGAAGUCGUUGUUAUCCACGACGAACACUCCAAACGACUCAUGUGGUCUACCGGAGUAGUGAAGGAACUGAUUCCAAGCCGCGACGGACUCAUCCGUUCUGUCAUGCUCAAGAUUCCAAAUGAGCUGCGAGAAGAUCUCGCCGAAGACGUCGAAAUUGGAAAUCCGGAACCGAUCCAGGAGCCGGAAGAGGAUCCAAAUCCAACUCUGCCAGAACCAGAAAUCGAUCUCGCUAUCGGAGACGCUAUGCCAGCUCCCGAAGAACCGGAAGACGUCGUCGAAGAUGUCGAGCCGGAUGCUACGGGCUCUGAGGCCAGGGACGAAUUAUAA